AUACUCUCCUCCACUCCACCUCCUUCACUGAGGGGAAGGAAGAAAGAGUUGCUGAAGGGGAAAUAAAAUCCCGCCUUUUCUGCUCCACCCCGUGACCUAGUCUACCAACCACAGAGAAGACUGGGGGGGGGGUCCCUCAUAAGGAGGGGGGGAAUAAACGCGCGUCUCCCACCCGUUCCUUCCUUCCCCUCCCGUGCCCUCAACUUCUCCUCUAUCCGGGUCACUCACUCAAGUAAAGUGGGAGAGAGAGACGCGCAUGCCCGAGAAGAAAACUGGUAAGCGCGGCCUCGAGAGCUGCGCACGGGCGCGGCGGCGCGCUCUCUGUCGGAGGAAGAGCAGCAGCAGCAGCAGCAGCAUCGAAGAGGGAGGGGCUCUCUGGUCUCUUUCCGAGGCGCUGCCGAUCCGCAGGCUGGUCGUGCCUGGCUGGCCCUGAGCUCGCCUUCCUCUUUGGCUGGGCGGGGCGGAGGGGCGCCUGAGAGGAGCAGGGAGGCGCCGGUGGCCGCGGCUCUGAUCCCGACGCGGAGGAGACGUUUACAGAUUUCGCCUUCCCAAGUCAUGAACAUCAGAGUUUUAAGCGGUGGUAGAUUAAAAGCAGAAUUCUCUGCCAUGUGAUUUGGAAAUAUGCCCUACUGUGUUCAGAGGGGAUUGUUCCUAUGUGUUUAGGAUUGCAGCCUAAGUUUCAAACCGCUUCAGGUAGCAGACUCCUGCUUCAAGUCUGGAAUACAAAUUAAGGAAGAUUGCUUUGAGUGGACAAUGAUUAGAGAUACAAUGAAGGCGUGGAGUGACAGUCAGUCAGAUCUUUACAGCAGUGACCUAGAAGAAGAGGAAGAAAUGAUUUUUGGAGAAAAUGAAGAAGACUUGGAAGAGAUGAUGGAUUUAAGUGACCUGCCUACCUCACUCUUCGCCUGUAGUGUUCAUGAAGCAGUGUUUGAAGUUCAAGAGCAAAAGGAACGGUUUGAAGCUCUCUUCUCAAUCUACGAUGAACAUGUUACAUUCCAGCUAUUUAAAAGCUUUAGACGAGUAAGGAUAAAUUUUAGCAAUCCAGAAGCAGCAGCAAGAGCUCGAAUAGAACUUCAUGAGACCGACUUCAAUGGGAAAAAACUCAAGCUGUAUUUUGCCCAGGUUCAGGUGCCCAAUGAAGUGGGAGACAAAUCUUACCUCUUGCCACCACAGCCUGUCAAACAGUUCCUGAUAUCGCCACCUGCAUCCCCACCAGUAGGAUGGAAGCCAAGUGAAGAUGCCACUCCCAUGAUAAACUAUGACUUGCUCUGUGCUGUUUCAAAAUUGGGCCCUGGAGAGAAGUAUGAGCUUCAUGCAGGAACAGAAUCCACUCCCAGUGUCGUCGUCCAUGUGUGCGAAAGUGAAACAGAAGAGGAAGAUGAAAUUAAAAAUCCAAAACAGAAGAUAGUGCAGACGAAGCGUCCGGAUCCACCACCCACAUUAAUAAAUGAAACAAAAACUCUUGAAUGUACGCUAGAGGUAGGGGGUGGGAUGCACUACUGAAUUUGAGGCUCUCUGACAACAGCAGUGAGUGGUAAAUGUUUGCAUUGCUGUGUGACGCAUAGCGGCAAAAGACUUCUCUUGUAGUCGUCUCGCAUCAGAAAGACUAUAGAUGCUAACGUUUUGAAGAGCACUUUAAUUUUAAGGUUAACUCCCAAGAUGUAGCAAAUCCACUGGGUUUCAAGUCCUAGAAUACUAGGAAGGUGCCAUUUUUGGAAUGCGUGUUACCAUUUUCUUGGUGUUCAGAAGGCAGAAAGGAACUUGGCUGCUGCCAUCUCUAUAUGGGUUACCACAUGGUUUUGUAUGUGAGUCUCAUGUAUAUUUUUGUGUGCUGAUGUAUAACAUGAUCUGAGUAACAUGAUGUUCUAAGUAAUAUAUUGACGAAAUAUAAAUGUAAUGUACAAUGUACAUUGUUAUCAGUAGAAAAAUCUCAAACUGGUUUGGGGUGAUAGAACCAAAUUUCCAAACAGG